GCUCGUCUCCCUCCCUUCUCAGUCUCCUCCGCCAGGCAUCAUGUUGGGAGCUGCACAGCGCGCUUGCUCCACCAUCCUAAAGGCAGCGAAGCCUGCUGUCGUCUCCAAGGGCCUGCAAAAUGUAGGCUCCAAGACUCUUCCAGCGCUCUACACCUGCCAGCGCAACUAUGCUGCCAAGGCUGAGGCUGCCACCCAGACUGGUGUGGCCAAUGGCAGUGUAGUAGCUGUCAUUGGUGCUGUGGUGGACGUCCAGUUCGAUGGAGAGCUCCCCCCUAUUCUCAAUGCUCUUGAGGUUGCCAACCGCUCCCCAAGGCUGGUGCUUGAGGUUGCUCAGCAUCUUGGUGAGAACACUGUCCGCACCAUUGCUAUGGAUGGUACUGAGGGUCUCAUCCGUGGUAAUGCUGUCGUUGAUACUGGAAGCCCCAUCUCCAUCCCUGUUGGUCCUGGUACUCUUGGCCGCAUUAUCAAUGUGAUUGGUGAGCCCAUUGAUGAACGUGGCCCCAUUCCCACUGAACACUUCUCUGCUAUUCAUGCUGAGGCUCCCGACUUCGUUGAGAUGUCUGUCGAGCAGGAGAUUCUCGUAACUGGCAUCAAGGUGGUCGACCUCUUGGCCCCAUACUCCAAGGGAGGAAAGAUUGGUCUGUUCGGUGGUGCUGGUGUCGGAAAGACUGUACUUAUCAUGGAACUGAUUAACAACGUUGCCAAGGCUCACGGUGGUUACUCAGUAUUUGCUGGUGUGGGAGAGCGCACCCGUGAGGGUAACGAUCUGUACCACGAGAUGAUUGAGUCUGGUGUCAUCUCUCUGAAGGAUGAUACCUCCAAGGUAUCUCUCGUGUACGGUCAGAUGAACGAGCCCCCAGGUGCCCGUGCCCGUGUCGCCCUGACUGGUCUGACUGUGGCCGAGUACUUCCGUGAUCAGGAAGGUCAAGAUGUGCUGCUCUUCAUUGACAACAUUUUCCGCUUCACACAAGCUGGUUCCGAGGUGUCUGCCCUGCUGGGUCGUAUCCCAUCUGCUGUAGGUUACCAGCCUACUCUGGCCACUGACAUGGGUAGCAUGCAGGAAAGAAUUACUACCACCAAGAAGGGAUCAAUUACCUCUGUGCAGGCCAUCUAUGUACCUGCUGAUGACUUGACUGAUCCUGCCCCAGCCACCACCUUCGCUCACUUGGACGCUACUACUGUGUUGGUUUGUAUUGCCGAGUUGGGUAUUUACCCUGCUGUGGAUCCUCUCGAUUCCAUCUCCCGUAUCAUGGACGCCAACAUCAUCGGACACGAACAUUACAAUGUUGCCCGUAGUGUGCAGAAGAUUCUUCAGGAUCAUAAGUCGCUCCAGGAUAUUAUUGCUAUCUUGGGUAUGGAUGAAUUGUCUGAGGAGGACAAGCUCACAGUCGCCCGUGCACGUAAGAUCCAGAAGUUCCUGUCACAGCCUUUCCAAGUGGCUGAGGUGUUUACUGGCUACUCUGGAAAGUUCGUUUCCCUGCCUGAUACCAUCAGGAGCUUCAAGGAAAUUCUGGCUGGCAAGUACGAUGACCUCCCUGAAGCUGCCUUCUACAUGCAAGGAAGUAUUGAGGAUGUCAUUGAAAAGGCAGAACAGUUGGCUGCCCAGGCCAGCUAAGGAGGAAAUAUAAUUGUGGGGUAUUUUAACAUGUGUACAGGGCUCUGGAAAGAAAUAUCCAUGUUCUCUUUGUUGCAAAGUAAGGGCCAAGUGGUCGUGUUCUUAGACUAUGGCAAAACAAUAUUUUAGGGGUACUCCGAGAAUCUGGAGUAACUUCUGUUGUACAGAAUUCCAGUGAUAAUGUAAAUUUAUAUAAAUAAUACAGAAAACAA